AAAAAAUUGAACGCACCUCUCUUUUGAAAACUCACGAUUUCUCAUGUUUUAUUACUUCACAUUUUCUUUCAAUCAAUUAGUGAAUCGUUUCGCCACUUUUGAUGGAGCAAUCAAUGGAAGAAAUCUAUGCUGCUUUUGAAGAAAAGGUGAAAAGGACUAUAUACGUUGACAAUCUCUCGAAUCAGGUCACCAAAUCUGUGUUAGAGACUGCAUUCAACCAGUUUGGAAGUGUUGUGAGUGUCCAGUUUAUUCCCACCUACUUUGCAUAUUCCCGGAUUCGUGCUGCUCUAGUGGAGAUGUCAUCAGUAAAACAAGCUGAGGAUAUUGUAUCCGAGAUCGGCGACCAUCCUUUUAUGAUUUCCAGUAUGCCAAGGCCGGCCAGAGCUCAAAGGGCCCAACUGGAAAUGUUCGAAGAUCGCCCUAAAAAACGGAAUAAGAAGAUUGUUUGUCAGUGGAUGGAUCCGAGCGAUCAGAAGUUUGAGACUGCUAAGAAGAUCAAAGACCUGACGAAAAAGCAUGCAGCUGAGGCCGCUUUUCUUAUGGAGCUGCAACUGGCGGAGGAAGAGAAGCUGCAUAAUCAGCAGUCUGAGGCAUUGAGAGCCAACUACAAGAAAUAUGAACUGAUUGAUGGGGCACAAGGUGAUGGGACUGUUAAGCAACUGGCAGCAUGUUAUAAGACAACUCUUAAUGACUAUUAUUGAUUAAUGUUUUGAUGAUAAUGAUACGUAAGUCUUGUAGCUAUCACGGUAUCAUAUCAUGUUGUAACCCUGAAAACUUUCAAAUCUACAUGCCAAAAGUAGAAUUAUAGAUUUGUAAACAUGUAGUGCAAUUUAUGCCUAAGAAAUAUAAAUUGGGCCGUUACUAGCUAUUUCGUAA